GCAUGGUUCCCGACUUCCCGUAGUGCUAUAAAUUUGAUAAAUUAAGCGCUCUACCUACUAACAUCACACAAUAGACAGAGGGUUAAAGGACUGAUCCUGAGGAUGAAAAAUCUGAAAAGUAGUGAAGGUGGAUGGAAGGCGUGCAUGGUUAAGGGUUUUGCUUUUGUUUUUAUGCUUCUUUUGGUGGUGGGUAUUUAUGGCGCAUUGGAACCAGUUGAUUAUGAAGGUGGCAGUCAUGAAGAACUACUCCUUUCCAACAUAAACCAUCAUCAUCAUCAUCAUACACCCACUGCCAGGAAGCUACUCAUCACUUCAAAACAAGACGAUAUUGGUGAAGGUGGUGGGGGUAAUGACAAUGACGGCGGAGAUGGAUCAAUGAACCGGAUCGGCACCGGUACAGGCCAAUGUUCCAAGGACAGCAUCCUGGUAUUUCAAGGGGCAACGUCCCCGCUCCCAAACGGGAUUCCCACGUACACUGUCGAAAUCCAGAACGUGUGUGUGUCAGAGAGUUCAUGUAGCAUUUCCGACAUCCACCUGAGCUGCGGGUGGUUCAGCUCCGCCAGAUUGAUUAAUCCAAGCAUUUUCAAGAGGAUCGGGUACGACGAUUGCCUUGUCAACGACGGGGAGCCACUUAAUCCGGGAGAAUCCCUUUCUUUCCAGUAUGCCAACACCUUCAUGUACCCACUUUCUGUCUCAUCCGUUUCCUGCUAAUUAAUUACUACCUAUAUAUAUAUAUAUUAACUCAUAGUUAACUGUUAGUCAAUCCUAAUAUAUAUAUAUAUAUAUAUAUAUAUAUAAAUAAAGUGGCAUGCAUGUAGAGCUUCCUAGCCAGCCACGUACGCAAGUGUGUGUAUCAUAUGUAAAUUUAUGCUAAUGGAGUACUUAUCAUCUUUGUAUUAGUAAUUAAGUAUUAAUAAACGUUGCCCGUGUUUGUAUUUGUAA